AUGAACGUAUUAAGGAGAAGAAGCUAUUUAAGACAAAACUUACUCCGAUUCGUAUCAUUGGAAUCCAGACCAAGACCAUUAAUAAUAAGUUCCAAAAAUGUUUUAGAAAAAAAUCUACAAACCGCCAAAUUAUCACCAAUCUGCCCCUUAAAUAAUUAUAGCCUAUGUCGUUGUAAGUCCAGAAAGCAAGCUGAUCAUGAUUCUGACGAUGAAUCUGAGAUCUUUGAUGAUAAUGAUGCCUCACUCUCAAGAGAUUCUAAAGUUAUUAAAUUUAACACAACUUCUUUGAGGACUGAUGCAAUACUUAAAGCAGCUCUGGGUGUUGCUAGGAAUAAAAUAGAAACCAUAUUUUAUGACAGUAAAAUAAGGGUAAAUGGCAAAAAAAUAUUAAAGAAAAGUGCUCCUGUGAGAGUAGAUUAUGAAAUAGAUGUCAUUAAAGGUGUUAGCCCAAAGAAUCCGGAGCACUUAUAUGUAUCUAGGAUUGAAAUAAUAAAUCUAGCAGCUAAAGAAGAUGCAAUUGUAGUCACAGCAAGAAGAUUUAAAACACUACUCAUAGAAAAUUAUGAAACAGAUCCUUACAAGCCUUCCACUGCUGAUGAUGACAAAUAA